AUGUAUCCGAGAAAGCUUCUUGUUUUCUUGAUUCUCGUUAGCCUUUCAUUCUACCCUGAUUAUGUUUUACCAGAGAAUGUUAAUCUUGAUUUCCCAUUCUUCACUCUCCGAAACAUUACUCUUCUUGGCGAUUCUUAUAUUCGAAACGGCGUAGUUGGGCUAACUAGAGAACUCGAGGUCCCUUCUUCAAGCUCUGGUUCUGUAAUCUACAACUACCCAGUUGCAUUCUUUGAUCCAGAGACAAAUAUAACGGCUUCUUUCUCCACAAGAUUUACUUUUUCCAUUGAUAAUGUCAAUCCAUCGUCGUUUGGAGACGAUUUGGCCUUUUUUCUUUCUCCUAAUAACCAGACAUUGGGGAGUCCGGGUGGGUACUUGGGCCUUGUGAACUCAUCACAGUUAAACAAAAACAGGUUUAUUGCAAUUGAAUUUGAUACAAGACAGGAUUUGCACUUCAAUGAUCCAGAUGAGAAUCAUGUGGGAUUGGAUAUAGACAGCCUUAUUUCAAUCAAGACUGCCAAUUCGAUGAUUCAGGGUGUGAAUUUGAAGGGUGGAAAUCUGAUUACUGCGUGGAUUGAUUACGAGAAUGAGAAGAAAAAGUUGGAAAUUUUCUUGAGCUAUUCAAGUUUUAAGCCUGAGGAGCCUCUCUUGAGAGUUGGUAUUGACCUUUCUGAUUAUCUUAAGGAGUUUAUGUAUGCGGGAUUUUCUGCUUCUACUGAAGGGAGUACAGAACUGCAUUGCAUUCAGAAUUGGAGUUUUCGGACUAUGGGAUUUCGCCCCAUAAGGCCAAAAAUUCAUCCUUACAAUGUUUCUGAUAGUUCUGUGCCACUUAGACCACCAAUUGCAGUUUCUGAUUCCGGAAAUAGGCAUCAUAAGAGGAUUGCUUUGGGACUUGGGAUUGGUUUUCCUGCCUUCUUUUGCACGGUUCUUGUGGGAUUUGGUUGGAUUUCUGUCAAGAAAUGCAAGGGUAUCGAAUCAGAGAGAACUAUCAAAGCAGAGAUGGUGACAGGGCCAAGGCAGUUUAGUUACAAAGAACUCAAAUCAGCCACAAGAGGAUUUCAUUCUUGCAGGAUUUUAGGCCAUGGAGCCUUCGGCACUGUGUUUAAAGCCUUUUUCAUGGAUUUAGGAACUAUUUCUGCUGUGAAAAGAUCGAAACAUACCCACGAAGGAAAAACCGAAUUCCUCUCAGAAUUAUCAAUUAUAGCUUCUUUGAGGCACAAAAACAUAGUCCAGCUCCAAGGUUGGUGUGUCGAAAAGGGUGAAUUGCUUCUUGUUUACGACUAUAUGCCCAAUGGGAGUCUUGAUAAGGUACUAUACCAGGAAUCUGAAAAUUGUAAUCCUCUAAAAUGGACAUAUAGGUACAAUAGUGCAGUGGGAUUAGCCUCUGUUCUCACUUAUCUGCAUCAAGAAUGCGAGCAGCAAGUGAUUCACAGAGACAUAAAGACUAGUAAUGUUAUGUUGGAUGGGAAUUACAAUGCAAGAUUAGGUGAUUUUGGACUGGCAAGGCUUAUGGACCAUGGGACGAGCCCUGUUUCGACUCUUACUGCAGGAACUAUGGGAUAUCUUGCUCCAGAAUACCUUCAAUAUGGGACAGCAACAGAGAAAACUGAUGUGUUCAGCUAUGGUGUAGUUAUACUUGAACUGGCUUGCGGACGAAGGCCUAUUGAGAGAGAAGACGAAAGCCAAAAACCAGUGAAUUUGGUGGAUUGGGUUUGGAGAAAGUAUUCUGAAGGAAAAUUAAUUGAAGCAGCAGAUCAAAGAAUGAAUGGUGACUUUAAAGAGGAAGAAAUGAAAAGGCUGCUGCUUAUAGGCCUAAGUUGCGCCAAUCCCGAUAGUAGUGAAAGGCCUUCAAUGAGGAGAGUUUUUCAGAUUCUCAACAAUGAGGCUGAUCCUGUGGUAGUGCCGAAGGUGAAACCGAGUCUUAUUUUCUCAAACAGCUUGCCAUUGAGUAUUGACGAAAUCAUUUCAGAUUGCGAAGAAUGCCGCUCGCCUGGUUCUAAGUUCGAAAUCAAAGUUUAUUGA